AUGAUUAUAGAAGGCAAGGUGGAUUGGAAGGGUAGACCAGCUAGGAAGGACAAACAUGGAGGCAGUAUAACUUCUGUGCUUCUAUUAGCUGGUUUCGUGUUUGAAAACAUGGCCACCAUGGCGCUGGCGGUUAACUUGGUGACAUACUUCAUCGGAGUUAUGCAUUUCAACUUAGCCGACUCGGCCAACCAUCUUACCAACUUCAUGGGCACCGGCUAUAUUCUCUGCAUUUUUGUCGCCACACUUGCAGACACUUAUAUUGGAAGAGCCAACGCCCUCCUCAUUUCGGCUUCCAUUGAGUUUGUGGGGAUUGCUCUAUUGACAGCACAAGCUCAUUUCCCGAGCCUAAAACCACCAAUCUGCAACAUCUUCAAUCCGAAUGCCAAUUGCCAACAAGUAAAAGGAGCAAACUCCUCCUUGCUCUUCAUCUCCCUAUACCUGAUAGCAGCCGGUGCAGCGGGUAUAAAAUCAUCCCUGCCUUCCCAUGGAGCCGACCAAUUCGACGAGAAGGAUCCAAAGGAAGCCGAUAAGAUGUCAAGCUUCUUCAACUUCCUAUUGCUUGCAUUAUGCUUAGGAGGCUCAGUCAGCUUAACCUUAGUUGUUUGGGUGCAAGACAACAAAGGAUGGGACUGGGGAUUCGGUCUUUCGACGGUUGCCAUGUUCUUGUCAAUCGUUAUAUUCGUAGCUGGUUUGCCCAUGUAUAGGAUACAUGUUAUUAAAGGAAGCAGCCCCAUUGUUGAAAUCAUACAGGUUUAUGUAGCAGCAUUUAGGAACAGAAAUCUUAGACUCCCCGAAAAUCCUGUCGAUCUGUUUGAGAUUGAUCGGGACAAGGAAGCGGCUACAAUUGAUACUGAAUUCCUUCCUCAUAGAGAUGUCCUCAGGUUUCUAGACAAGGCCGCGAUUCAACAGGAUCAACAAAACAUGUCGAAUCCAUGGAAGCUAUGUAGAGUAACCCAAGUAGAAAACGCGAAAUUCAUCCUAACUCUCGUCCCAAUCUUUUGCUGUUCCAUCAUCAUGACUCUUUGCCUCGCCCAACUUCAAACUUUCACCAUCCAACAAGGUCUAACAAUGGACACCACCCUCACAAAAUCCUUCAACAUUCCUCCAGCAACAAUUCCCAUUCUCCCAAUAGUCUUUCUCAUAAUCCUAAUCCCCGUUUACGACCGUCUCCUAGUCCCUCUAAUCCGUCGUUUCACAUCUCACCCAACCGGAAUCACCCACCUCCAACGUGUCGGAGUCGGCCUAGUCCUCUCUGCAAUCUCCAUGGCCACGGCAGGACUAGUCGAGAUCAAGAGAAAAAGAAUCGCCCGCGAAAACAACAUGGUCAACGCGAUCCCAAUACUUCAACCGCUUCCAAUGAGCGUGUUCUGGAUCACGUUCCAAUUCUUCAUAUUUGGGAUCGCAGACAUGUUUACUUACGUGGGUUUGUUGGAAUUUUUCUAUUCUCAGGCUCCAAAAGGGGUGAAAUCAAUGUCGACUUGCUUUCUUUGGAGUUCGAUGGCAUUGGGGUAUUUUUUGAGUACUAUACUUGUGAAGGUUGUGAAUUUGAUAACUAAGAAACAUACUAGAAGUGGAGGAUGGUUGGCUGGAAACAAUUUGAACAAGAAUCAUUUGAAUUUGUUUUACUUCUUGUUGGCGGGUCUUAGUAUUUGUAAUUUCUUGGUUUAUCUGUUCUUUUCUUCAAGGUAUAAGUAUAGACCACAGAGCUUGGAAUUACAGGUUGAAGAUCAUGAUCAUGAUCAUGGCAAGGAGAUGAAGAAGGUUAAGGAAGAUAAUUCUCAUGAAUUGAAAUCAAUCCAUUUUUAGUAAUGAU